AUGGAGCGCCAUGACCUCAACUUCGUGAUACCGGCCGGCAGCUUGGACAAAGUGGUCUUGUCUUCCACACCGGAGCUUGACACGAGGACGCUGAAGGGGCAGCUGAAUGACUGGUUGAAGGCGGUGUUGGACAAGAUGGACGGGAUGGCUCAGAGAGCCCAAUCUGAGGUGCAGCGUGCCUGUACCGACCUGAUGGAGAAGCAGCAGAACGCAUUUGCAGAGGUCAAUCAUCUGAAGGUCGAGGUGUUGGGGACCGUGUCUGCGCGUGCAACCGACCAUGAGAACGAGAUCCGGGAGAUCAAGAAGGCCAUGGACAGCCUGGCUUGCAAGACGGACAUGAAGAGCAUCGCUGACAAGGUCACAGAGAUCAAGUCGGCGCUUGCCAAGCAGGCAGACCUUCUGAUGGAAUGGCAGCAGCCACUCCUCGCGGCGCUCGACAGGAACCAGGCGGACCUGACGUCGCAACUGGCUGGCUUGUCUGAAAGCCAAGCGCAACGCUGGGAGAAGCUGGUGUCGCAGUUGGAUGGGCAAACUACUCAAGCCAGCGAGCUGGAGUGUGCCAUUGCAAGGAACCACCAGGAGCUCAGGUCGGAGUUGGAGAAAGAGGCCGACGCACUCACACAGCUCAAGCAGCAAUGCGAGCAGCUGUUGCGGGAACAGCGGCGGCAGCUUGAGUCCUUGAGUGCAUCUGGCGACCAGAACCUGGAGAUGCUGACGCAGUUGGCAUUGCGCUUGGAGAGUUUGUCCGCAGAGCAGAGGCAACUCAGCACCGACUCACUCCAGCAGCUCACGCAGCACUGUGACCAACUGCUGCAGCAGUUCGAUCCCCUGACACAGCUCACGCAACACUGCGAUCAGCUGUUGCGGGAACAGCGGCAGCAGCUCAACCCCGUAGUGCGUACUCUUCAGGACCAGAACCAACAGCUACUGUCUCAGUUGACAACAGGUUUGGAUAGUCUGUCCACAAGCCACCAGCAGCUCAGCACAGAGUCGCUCACACAGCUUAAGCACCUUUGCGACCAGAUGCUGCGGGAACAGCAGCAACAGCUUGAUCCACUUACACGUCUCACUCAGCACUGUGAGCUGUUGUUGCAAGAGCAGCAGCAGCGAUUCGAUCCCCUUGCACAGGUCACACAGCACAGCGACGCACUCCUUCAGGAACAGCAUCAGCGACUCGAUCUCCUACUGGGCACAGUUCAAGCACACCAGGACCUGCUCUCCCGGGUGGAAUCGCAGCUGGAUGGGUUCUCCUCAGAACAUAAGCAGCUAAGCUCCGCUUCAGUGGCAGAGCUCAAGAAGCAUUACGACCAGCUCCUCCGAGAGCAGGUAGAUCCCAUGUUGAGCAUUCUGCAGGAUCAGCACAAGCAGAUGCUGACUCAGUUGACAGCGCAGCUGGAGGGCUUGUCCACAGAACACAGGCAGAUGAGCAGCGAUUCCCUUGCUCAGCUCAGGCAGCACUACGACCAACUGCGAGAGCAGCAGCAGCAGGUCAAUCCCGUGUUGAACAGCCUUCAGGAGCAAAACCAAGAAGUGCUCAGUCAGCUCGAGAUGCAUUUAGACGAGUUGGAUAUUCUGUCCACAGAGCAGAAGCAGCUGAGCGCCGAUUCGCGCAAGCAGCUCACGAAACAGUGGGACCAACUCCUGCGGGAGCAGCGGCAACAGCUAGAUCAGUUUGGCAAACCUCAGGGUCAGAACCGGGAGCUGCUGACCCAGCUAAAAGCCUCUCUGGAGAGCUUGUGCAAAGAGCAGAAGAAGCUCCGAACCGACUUGCUCACAUACCAGCCGUCACCGGUUGACCAGGGACAUCGUCCGCAGUUCGAUCCCUUGCUGACCACACUUCAGGAUCAGCUUGUGGGAUUCACAAAGCACGGGGCGGCCCAGGUAUCCGAGAAGGUCUCCACCCCGACAACACCAUCAGAGACUUCCGCUUUAAGCCCCAACAGGCUGCUGUCGCCACAGAGCAAUCAGAGCACCCACCCGCCGAUGCCGCCCAAGCUGGCACAAGGCAACCAUGAGUUGGGCCUCCUCAGAAAAACGGAGGAGACGCAUGUGAAGACUGACUUACUGAUAGUUCGGAGAAUCUCUUCGUACUAUCUGCACGUGAUGAAGGCAGCCUAG